AUGAAUGCAAACAACCACAGGCCAGUCCUCAGGUACCGCCACGUCCAGCACGUCACCAGUUUUCCCGGUCAGCCUCCAGAAGACGAGACCUGGUGCCGACACCUCCCCGGGCCGGGGGUGAUUCAGCUGCAGAGGUGCCAGCGACAGCUCCAGGCCCACGGGGGCACGAGAGCUCCGGGAACUCCCCGGCUCCACCGCCCAUUGCGCAAACCAUGGGGAAUGGGGAGUGGAUUUCCCACCGGCCUGAACGACAAAGGGCGGAUGAUCCCUGACUCCCCCCUCGAGCCCCCCUCAAUCGGGGCGUCCCUCGCUGUCCCCUCAGCCUCUCCCCGCCGCGCUCCCCACACGCAUGCGCGGCGCCGCAGGACUACAUUUCCCGGCAUGCCCCGAGGGGGCGGUCCGCGCGCGUGGCAGGGCGCGGCGGGAGAGGAGCGGACCGCCCUGCUGCGCGCCGCCAUCGACGCCGGCGUCUUCCACAGCAUAUGGGUUUCCACAGACCAUGAUGAGAUUGAGAAGGUUGCAAAGCAGUUUGGUGCUAAGGUCCAUCGCAGAAGCCCUGAAGUCUCUCAAGACUCCUCAACUUCUCUAGAAGCCAUCACAGAGUUUCUCAAUCACCAUCGUGAGGUUGAUAUUGUAGGAAAUAUUCAAGCAACAUCUCCCUGUUUACAUCCCAGUGACCUUAUAAAAGUGGCAGAUCUGAUCCAGAAGGAGGGGUUUGAUUCCGUCUUCUCUGUUGUGAGGCGGCAUCAAUUCAGAUGGAGUGAGGUAAAGAAAGGAGACAACAAGAUGACAGAACCUCAAAACCUGAAUCCAGCAAAGCGCUACCGGAGGCAAGACUGGCCUGGGGAGCUCUAUGAAAAUGGCUCAUUUUAUUUUGCCAAGAGACAUCUGAUUGAGAAAGGCUACUUGCAGGGUGGUAAAAUGGCCUACUAUGAAAUGCGUGCAGAGCACAGUGUGGAUAUUGACAUAGACAUUGACUGGCCUAUUGCAGAGCAGAGAGUGUUGAGCUUUGGAUAUUUUGGCAAAGAGCCACUAAAAGAGGUGAAGCUCUUGGUUUGCAGUAUUGAUGGAUGCCUGACCAAUGGUCGCAUUUAUGUGACAGAAGAUCACAAGGAAAUGGUCUCCUAUGAUUACAGAGAUAUUGUUGGCAUUGAUCUGUUAAAGAAAAGAGGAAUCCAGGUUCGACUCAUCUCUGACAGAGAUUGUUCAAAAACACUGUCAGCCAUGCAGCUGAGAUGUGUAGCAAAAGUCAAUGUGACAAAUAAACUACAAGUUCUGAAGGACUGGCAGGAAGACAUGGGUUUGAGCUGGAAAGAGGUGGCUUACUUAGGAAAUGAGGAGUCUGAUGUGGAGUGCCUGAAGCAGGCAGGCAUGAGUGCUGUGCCUGCUGAUGCCUGUGCUGCUGCUCAGAAGGCUGCUGCUUACAUCUGUAAGAGCAGAGGCGGCUGCGGAGCUGUGCGGGAGUUUGCAGAACACAUAUUCCUGCUCUUAGAGAAAGUGAACUCUGCAAGGAAGCAACUGGAAGAAAUCAGCUCAGCAGGGAAGGAAAUGGGGAGAAAUGAGAACAGCAGGAAAGGAAAUAAAGAGCUGAUGGAAAAAGAGUAACGCUGUUGGUCAAUCCUGCUUUUCUUCCUCAGUACAUCCACAUCCCAAAGGAAUGCUUACCUUUCAAAUUUUACAGCACAGUAAAGUUAAAAAGGUGUCUCCCUCUAAUUCCAGGUCCCACAUUCAUGAUUAUAUGCUGAUCAUAUCCAUGAUGGUUUUAAAAACCAUUUAAGUGGAAUGGGAGAAAUGCUACAAAAGAGAGUGCUCUGUAAAUCUACUCUUAAUCAUCACACCUAUCCUACAAGAAUAAUGCAUCUUUAUUUCAUAAUCUGAAUUUUUUUCAGGGAUCAAUGAUUUUCCAUGACUUGAAGAUUUGGAAUUCAGGCUUGAAACCAAAACUGUCAAUUUUGCUCAUAUGGUUUGCAUUUCUUUUAUCAAAUGCAUGGUGGUUUGGUUGUGUGAUUGCAUUUUGCAGGGUUUGUCCUCAGUAAGGAAGAGUUUUAACAUAUGCUGGAGAGGUUUAUUUUAUAUCAAUAAAACUUCCUCCUCUAUUUUUAAAAUACAACACAGUUACUGUAAAACAAGUUAAUAUUUGUUUUAAAAAGCACUUUGGCAUGUGUUCAGUUUUAAGCUCCUAAAUAAUUAAAUCACAUUUGGAAUUGCAACUCUUGAAAUCUCUUUAUUAUGGGUUUUAUUGAAGUGCCUAAAUUAAUAUUUUUCCAAAUUUGGAAUUACAUUUCCCACUGUCUUUGAGAUCGUUGCAGAAACUUGGUUUCUUUCUAUGAAGACUUUAUUGCAACCUCAAAUGAGUUAAAGGCAAGUAAGGGUCUUUAA